AUGGAUCUUGGGUCGGUAACUGGCAAUGUUAACGGGUCACCAAGUCUAAAAGAGCUUAGAGAAUCCAAACAAGACAGAUCCGGAUUCGACGGUGAGGAUUGCUUGCAACAAAGCUCGAAGCUAGCUAGAACAAUAGCAGAAGACAAACACUUGCCUUCCUCUUACGCAGCUGCUUAUAGCAGACCAAUGUCGUUUCAUCAAGGCAUUCCUCUUGCAAGAUCUGCUUCUCUUCUCUCCUCUGACUCUCGCCGGCAAGAACACAUGCUUAGCUUCUCAGAUAAACCAGAAGCUUUCGACUUCAGUAAAUAUGUCGGUUUGGAUAACAACAAGAACUCUCUCUCGCCGUUUCUUCACCAGCUUCCACCUCCUUAUUGUAGAACCCCAGGAGGAGGAUAUGGUUCUGGUGGAAUGAUGAUGAGCAUGCAAGGGAAAGGACCUUUUACAUUGACUCAAUGGGCUGAGCUAGAGCAACAGGCCUUGAUCUAUAAGUAUAUCACAGCCAAUGUCCCUGUUCCUUCUAGUUUGCUCAUCUCUAUCCAAAAGUCCUUUUACCCUUAUAGAUCAUUUCCUCCCAGUUCCUUUGGAUGGGGAACAUUCCAUCUAGGUUUCGCAGGAGGUAAAAUGGAUCCUGAGCCAGGGAGAUGCCGUAGAACAGACGGUAAGAAAUGGCGGUGCUCAAAAGACGCUGUUCCUGAUCAGAAGUACUGUGAAAGACACAUCAACAGAGGCCGUCACCGUUCAAGAAAGCCUGUGGAAGUCCAACCUGGCCAAACCGCUGCGUCCAAAGCGGUUGCAUCGCGUAACACUGCAUCUCAAUCACCUAACAACAGAGUCCAGAAUGUGAUAUAUCCAUCCACCGUCAACUUGCCACCCAAGGAACAGAGAAACAACAACAACAGCUCUUUUGGGUUUGGUCACGUAACCUCUCCUUCAUUGCUCACAUCGUCGUACCUAGACUUUAGCAUCAAUCAAAACAAGCCUGAAGAGCUGAAAUCGGAUUGGACGCAGCUUUCAAUGUCAAUUCCAGUAACAUCAUCGUCUCCUUCCUCCACCGCUCAAGACAAAACCGCCCUCUCGCCUCUCAGGCUAGACCUACCGAUCCAAAGCCAGCAGGAGACGCUGGAGGCUGCGAGAAAGGUGAAUACGUGGAUACCAAUCUCGUGGGGAAACUCAUUAGGAGGUCCGUUAGGGGAAGUGCUUAACAGCACAACGAGUAGUCCCACGUUGGGAUCUUCUCCUACAGGUGUUUUGCAAAAGUCCACGUUCUGCUCACUCUCUAACAGCAGCUCUGUAACCAGCCCCGUUGCGGACAACAACAGAAACAACAAUGUUGACUACUUUCAUUACACAACCUGAAACUAGUCAUGAGCGGGCUUUGUCUUUUUUAUUUAUUUAUGAUAAUUUGUUUCUUGGUGCAUUGCUCUUCUUUUUGUACUGCGUUUUGGAUUUCUUAAGUCUUGAAUAGUUUCAUGAUAACCUAAUAUAAUAACCGUCUUGAUUCUUAAGUUAA